CCUUACAGCAGCCUCCCGGAAGUGAUCAAGUUCACUCGUGAAUCAGCUGAUCACACACGCUAAAUCAGCUCGAAUAAGAUCCUUUAGACUGCGAACAUAACACGGUGUCUCAUUGACCGUAACGCUCGCCCGGUCACACGUUCUGUAAUGGCACAGUAAGCAGAAGAUUAUGCUGAAUUUUUCCCUGUUCUUUUGAGAAAGCUCGCUGUGCUCGUUUCCUCCCGUGUUUGGUAGCCGGUGAGCUAACUGAGCUAACGGCAGGUCUGGGUGGGCUGCAGCUGCAGCCGCAGUAGGGCUCGGAUUCACUGCUGAACUGCCGAUCCUCAGCAUGGAUCCCUUGGGAGCUCGGUCUCAGUUUGUAGAAGUCCAGAACCUUCACACCUGGGAUCAGCCUGAAUUCGUGGAGGACAGAGAGGCGAAAAGAGAAGGUCCUGAGAGGGAUGAGGUGGACAACCUGGCUUACCAGAUCAACUCUCUUCUCUCUCCUUUCCCAUUCAGAGAGGAUAUCAACAGGAAGAUUAUUCUCUUCAAAGGGGACGUGGCACUUUUGAACUGCACUGCUAUAGUGAACACGACCAACGAGACGCUAACCGAUAAGAAUCCGAUCUCAGACAGCAUUCACAGGCAUGCUGGCCCUGAGCUCAGGGAUGAACUACUCAAACUGAAAGGCUGCCGGACAGGGGAAGCGAAAAUGACUGAGGGUUUCAAUUUGGCUGCACGCUUUAUCGUUCAUACAGUUGGACCCAAAUACAAAGCCAAGUAUCGCACAGCUGCUGAGAGCUCUUUAUACAGCUGCUAUAGAAACGUCAUGCAGCUCGCCAAGGAGCACGCCAUGGUCUCUGUGGGUUUUUGUGUGAUCAGUACUGCAAAGAGAGGAUAUCCCCUCGAAGACGCUACUCACAUAGCAUUCAGAACUGUUCGCAGGUUUCUUGAGAACCAUGGAGAAAGCAUAGAGGCUGUGGUGUUUGCAGUUUCAGAUGCUGAGGAGGCAGUAUACAAGAAGUUACUGCCGCUAUAUUACCCGCGCUCAAAAGACGAGGAGAGAGCCAGCUUGCCUCUCCUCCCUGCAGAUAUUGGGAACUCUGAAGGCGAGCCGGUGGUGCCGGAGAGACAGAUCCGCAUCAGUGAGAAGCCUGGCAGCCUGGAGGAUGAUUCGGAGGAUGAGUCUCUGGAGUUAGGUCUGGGGUUGGUGGGCAAUCAUGCAUUUGCGCGCAUGGAGGGUGAUGUGGAUAAGCAGCGGAAGCAGAUUCUACAGGGCCAGCUCUCUGAGGCAGCCCAGCAGAAACAACACCAGAGAAACUAUAACCGCUGGCUGUGCAGAGCUCGAGCAGAGGACCUCUCGGACAUAGCGGCACUGAAAGCUUUAUAUCAAACAGGUGUUGAUGUGCGUGGCAGAACAGUAAUGGUGGUUGUAGGCAGGAACAUUCCAGUAACUCUUAUUGACAUGGAGAAGGCCUUGUUAUAUUUUAUCCAUGUGAUGGAUCACAUCACAGUGAAGGAAUACGUGAUGGUGUAUUUUCACACUCUCACUGGUGAACACAACCAUCUCGACACAGAUUUCCUUAAGAAGCUCUAUGAUAUCGUGGAUAUAAAGUUUAAGAAAAACCUGAGAGCUUUUUAUUUUGUCCAUCCCACAUUUCGCUCUAAGGUGUCCACAUGGUUCUUCACCACGUUCAGUGUAUCUGGAAUGAAGGAGAAGGUUCAUCACAUAGAGAACCUCCAGCAGCUCUUCACCUGCAUCCUGCCUGAACAGAUUGACAUCCCUCCAUUUGUGUUGGAGUAUGAUGCGAGGAUGAACGGCCCGUACUACACUUCCCACUCUUCAGGCCUAUGAAGUUAACUCUGAUGCAGGUGGUCCUGACUGGGCCGACGUAUGCCCGAUGCUUGGGAAAGCUCACCACUGGACCUGAUUUGGAGCUAAAUGGAUUCAGUAUGUGCACGUGAGCAGCUCCAGUAAUGAGUGUGGAACUACUGCAUUUGCUGGUUCUGAGACAGACAUCAAAAACGGUCCUCCUCCAGUCAUGAGCUGUGCAUUCAGCCUCCCAACGGUUCAUUUGUGCUGCUGACGUUUAAACUGGAAACGUCUCACUGAAGGAUACAUCACUGGCUAGACUUCAACACCAAGGUUUGCGUGUGAUUUGACAAAAUAACUGAUAUUUGAAUAAGUUUGUCACAACUGUCAUUUCUGCUUCUCUUGUUCAGAGUGUUAAAAAAGCCUUUGUGUACAUUUUGUGAUUGGUGUCCAGUGUAAUCAUUUUGCUCAUCUUAACUGACUCUGUCCAUCCACUAGUGUCCUAGUCCUUCACUACAGCUCUCACCGUUCUGUGAAGUCUGUACUGUCUUUUAUUUUUAUUUUAUUUCACACUUCCACCAGCCUCUGCUCGAUCACUUUAAGAUGCCUACAUAAGCCCGUUUAUUUUUGUGAUGAAGACUGUCUCAUAAACAUGGCCUUUCCAGUUUGUCAAUGUGUGUACAAAAUGCUGUGAUUGGCCUUCAUUUUCCACGUGGGCACAAAAAAAAUGUAUUUAGAAAAUAUUACUUAAUGAAGAAUCACUGUCAUUUAAUUUAAUAUAUAUGUAAGUUAAUAUUUUUAUACUCUACACAGUGAAUGCUGAAUGGUCUGUGUCACAAAGCAGCGUAGUCAGAAUGAGAAUAUAAUCUUCAUCUCUCUUCCCUCUUCACACUUUUUAAUCAGGAUUUUUAAUUGAUUGCACUCUGAGAUUACAUUGCUGGUCUUUUUCUGUAAAGAAUCUUUGGUCAUCUUUUUGUACAUAUUCUUUGCAGAUCUUGUAGGCUUUUUGUAGCCUAUACUGACGCACGUCAUGUUUGUAUUUGAUUUAGAUUUAUUUCAAAUACCUUCACAUGUCUUAAAGGCAAGUUUUAUGUCUUUAUUUUGAUUCUGCUGGACUUUAACCCCUAUUACUGUAGGUACAAAGGUGAUGGUAAUCUUAGACCAGAUUUACACACAUGGCCACAGGUACUUAAUGGAUUGAGAGUUUAUGUGUAUGUUAAGAGUGAUGUAUUGUGCAGAGUUUACUAAACAUGAAGUCUAGUUCCAGGAUGUGCUUUUAUUAUAGUAAGCCAUUAAAUAAAGGUGCCAUCACUUUGAGCCGCAUUCCAUGCCAUUUUAAAGGAGAGAACUGCAUCCGUACAUUGUCGGCAAGAAUGCUUUGUUCAAAUACUGUGAAUAAAAAUCAUGAUAUUGGAAAUCCUCA